UGCUCUUGCCUUCAUCGGCGCUUCACUUACAUGCAGCACGCACGAACGGCCUCGUUUAGAAGGUGAUUCGAGGUUUUGUUGCACGAGUAACGGGAUCAGUGCGCAAAAUUGUUCUUGUGGUUAACUGCUCAGCACGAUACCUCUCACUCUGUGUGUUAAAGCGCCCUGUUGCGAUUCCCUAACUUCCGCUUUUCUCCGGACCAAUCGGCAUCAGCUCUAAGAGCACCAGCAGGCAGUACAAACAGCCGAUAGUCUUUUCAGUACGAUAGAUAAAUUUCUCGCCAGCAGGCCAAGCUCACUCGUACAAUUCCCCUCGAGCCGCGUCCCUCACGUGCAUUCUCGCCAUAAUCCCCUGCAACCUCUCAAACCUCACUCGCGUUGAGUAUCCACCGACCGGAACGCGCCGUCGAAGCCAGUCAUGCAGAGAGUACUUCGCCCCUCGCGCACGCCCGCGCUCCUCACGCUCCUCGCGACCCUUCUUCUAUUCCACGCCGCAUCCUCGGUACUAUCAGCAUCCGCUCUCGAUCAAGAAUCGGCUCCUCUCGCCCCGCCGCGGACGAAUCUCUUUAGGCGCUUCCUGCGGAGCUGGCAAGCGGCACAUCAUUCGCCGGAGGUCGCGGCGGCCGGCUCGGCGAAGCGGCCAUCUCUUUGGCUCCAGUACCGGCGUCACCUCAGCGGGAAUCCCGCCGACGCGAACGUUGACCUGGCAUCGUUCACGCGGUAUCACGGGGAUGGCGGGCCCUACUCCCUGAUUCCCGGGAUCGAUUCCACCGACCACUCGCUUGAUGACGUGGCAACGCCCUUAGGACGGCGUCGGCGACUGCAGCAAAAGACUCAGAAGGGGCCUUGCACCCCGCUCGCCCAGGCCAUAAAGAUCCCCGUUUCAAGCCCAUCCGACAUUGACAAGCGGCUACAGCACCCCAAUUCCGCUACCGUAAUUCUCGAGGUCACCCGCGACCUCGCCCUUCCCAAGGGACUCGUUUUCUCCGGCGCCUUCCGCUGCACAAUUUUCCGGUCAGCCCCGACCGCGAAGAAAAACUUCAAAGUGACUCUAAUGGGGGACAAGGAGCCGGUGAUUCGCGUGUGGAACACCAGCAAUGUGAUUAUAUUGAAGCUGGACUUCUGGAUGGGCGUAUCUGCACGGUCUGGUGAAUGCGAGGUGCUACUAGACACCGAUAUAGGCAGAGACAACACGUGUCCCACCAUCCAUAUCUGGCGGUCUCAUAAUAUCCAGGUCGCUAAGGGGAACGUUUGGGGCAGGAUCGACGUUUUCCGGGCGAUGGCUGCACGAAUAGACAGUAUGAAGGUUACCGGGUUGACGCUUUUCGCUAAGUCGCCGGGGGUUAUUCGCGUGGCGUUUUCAGGCUACGGCCCGGCGCUGCUGAAGUCCUGGGUGUCGCUGACUAAUAACGAGGUGUACGGUGUAGACCAACCUAUUGUGCUUCAAAACGGAGCGGUGGGGGUUGUAGCGCGGAACAACUACAUCCACGAUUUCCUAUUCGCGGGGAUUCGAUGCGGCGCUGACGUGUACAACCAGGGCGACUGCAUGCUGACGACCAUCAGCAACAACCUCAUCGUCGCGUCGGGGCGAAACAUGUCGGGCGACCACGACGCGGCUGGCAUCUACUACUGCACGCACUUCUACAACCCUGGGAACAUUGCCGAGUGCAACUACAUAUUCAACGGCGACCACUGCUACUAUCUCGACUAUGCCACGUCGGGGGUGAUUAUCCGCGGCGGCGCGUGCGUCAACACAUACGACGGCAUGAAAGUCAACAACGGCCACUGGAAUGUGAUUGAGGAUGUGAUUCUAAAGGGGACGGUGGGCAUUCCAGGCUGGUGCCAGUGCUACACGCCCACCGUCAACAACUGCGCCAAGAAACCAGGCACCUACUGGGAGGAGAUGAGGAUAAAAUACUACAACUCGCCCAUCAUCAACCGAAAUUGGCCCUGGUUCAAGCAGAUCUGUCAGGCGAAGACCGUCAACGGAAUGAAAUGCAACACAGAUGCGAGAGGCACAUUGACUGGUGCUCAAACAGGGCAUUGCAGCGGCCUUCCGACCCACAACACCGUCAAUCUAAUCGCAGUUAACACAACCGACUACGAGAUGGGCUACAGAUACUGUGAGAGGCUCCCUACAGUGCUGUCUGGGAAGUUCAAUGACCACAGCAUCAUGCGAAUCCAACGGCCGAGACGAGCCGCCUUCAUAAACUACCGACAGAAUGAUUUGGGCAUUGCCUCAAAGAAUUCGGUGAUCUACACCAAGUUCCCCAAGUUCAAGAGCUGCCCAAGGUCUGACGUGGGCCCGAAACGCGUUCCUGAUGCAUUCUACUUCAACUCAUACAACCGGCCCAUGCCUUGGGGAUUCAUGGCGGUCAUUAGGAUGGGAAAGUUGCACAUUCACGACCUUCCUGGUUGGCCUUGAUGCAAAGUUGGCUUGUACUAUAUUAAGGCUGAUUUCCUCUGACUUGUUGAAGUGCAAGGGAUUUGGCAAUAGCUGUAUUGUAAAUUAUUGUGUUGUGAGCAUGUCUUCUGUCGUAUUCGUGUGUAUUGUAUACAGCUCGAUCGUUAUAAGUAAUGAG